CGAUGUUCCAGCAGUUCCGGUCAAUACCUAGCUUACAUUUUCUUCACUUGGAUUGUGUCGCGAGGGUAAUCAUUAAUCGAUUUCCCGUCUUAAAAGGAAUUAUGCCCAUUCAUUGAUUGUAUAAUUGGGUUAAGAAAUGUACCCUGCACUUGAAUAUUCGUCAUGACAGAGAAUUUGCCUCGAGGGAAUUUUGGUCCCAUUCCCUCAUCCCUCCCGGCAGUUUCAUGGUUUGAAUUUCUGUUAGAUGAGGAGCUACUUGAAAAACACCUGCAAAAGGACAAUCCAGAUCCUUCCCCUGUUCAGCUGAUUGUGCAGUUCUUGCAGCAGGCUGAUGCACAUGUUGUUAAAGAACCCCUACCCCCAAUACCUAGUGGUGAUGAACAGCAGGAAGUUAAAGUUUUCAUAAAAGAGAACAAGAAGGUCAAAGCUUUGAGGUUGUUGGCCUUGAGAGUUGCUGCUCAUUUAAAAUGGAACCUGAAUAUCAUCCUCACUGGCGUGCCUCUAGUGAUGGUACAGACACUGAUCACGGAGCUGUUGAAGAUCACGCUGGGCUGUGACUUUAACACGGUGGAGGACCGUCUGUCUGGGGACACAGUCACGGAGGAGGCACUGUUCGCCCUCCAUCUCUACCAUAGAUGGUGUCUGAUGUCUGUCGUCAGAGACAGCUUUCCCACAAGACCAGUCAAACAGUUUGCUCAGAUGCAGGGGCAGUUUGAUUCCAUGGUGGCCAGUGCUAACGAAGCAGUGAUUAGAUACUUAAAAGAGCGGACAAGUCUUUCGGUGGAGUAUUUACAGAAAUGUCUCCAAUGUGGACGGACAUUAAAAAUGCCCACAAUGCACUGCAUCAGCAUCCCGUCGGAGGAUUCAGACGACUCUCUGUUUCACUGGGAUAAAGCUGUGGAUAUAGAUGCCAAUGACUACCAGUCUCAAAUUCUGUAUGAUCUUGGGAGCUUUAACUUCUACACAGAGACAUACAGCGAGGCCCUUCUGAUGUUUACUCAAUGUCUGAACACCAUCACUGAAGUGUCCUCUCCCCAGCUCAGUGACAUAGAUAUGGCCAGACUGAAGGGCUAUUACACUGCAUGUCAGACACUGCGCACUGUCCAGACUCCACAGGAAAAGGCCAAAGAGAGUUUGUACCAACUAGCAGAGCAGGCUAGAAAAAAUGAUUACCAGGGUCUGAUAGAGGUGAUUAUUGAGGACAACCUGAAACAGGAGCUGACCUCAGCAUACAGGAGUGACUUGGAGGAUGAACUUGGCAACAAGGACGAUAAGUAUAGUGAGAUUUACAUGCAAGUGAGUGUGUGUAACGUCAUCAGAAGUGUCAUGGAGGGUAAAGCCCUGGUCUCACUGCUGGCCGACAUUGUUGAAGAUGCAGAACAAUCAACAGUCGACUUCUUAAUCAUGGUUCUUACAAAAGCAAUGGCUGGAUCAUCAUUUGCCCAGAAAUCCAAUUUGAAGUGCUUCAUAUGGCAUCUAAUGGACCUCUCUCCAGUUGGCUCUCGCUUCAACAACAUGGUAGUAUCAGGAGAAUUACGUAAUUACUUCACGCAGGAGGAGCUGAAGGAGAUGAACCAGUAUAUUAAGGAGAGUUCCUCUCUGACGUACAGCGACAUCUACGAUGACGCAACUACCAUAUGUUCCAGCUACCCAAACAGUCGAGUUUCUUCCGUCAUGAGCGAGGGAGCAGAUUCAUCAGUAAGUGCAGGGACAGUAGAACAACAGCUGAUGUUUAUGUAUGAGCCGGAGUCGAUUAAUAACUUGACGCGGGAACUGAUCCUCAAACUGGGCAGAUCUCCUGCUUAUGUGAUGGCACUGAAUGAAAAGUGGAAAGUUCCGAAGGAGAUGCACCAGAUCAUAUACAAUCUGCCCCCCAGUGUUGAGCAGGCCUUUGUAUAUUUACUGAUUGGCAAGGCCUGUCAUUGUAUUGAUGUCAGGAUUUUUGAGCGUGCUCGCCAGCUGUUGUUGGUAGCAGACAGAAAUGUGUACGAGGUAUCCUACAUCCUGUCUAAGUAUGUCCGUUGGUACAUCCUACUUGCCGAUCUCCUACAGUUCUAUACCACCAAGUCAUUUGGAAUGAACACCACACUGCAAGAUCUCAUCAAGAAAACCAAGACCUGUAUUACAUCAGUCAGACUUGAUCAAGAUAUCCAGCCCACAAUGGUUAUACUGGAGCACUGUGCUGCAUUCCUCCUCAACAUAAGGGAUUGGCAGUACCUGACUAACAUGGAGAACAGUGGCAGUGGUCAUAUAGAGUUAUGUAGACUGUUAGCCUGUAUGUGCAAGGAGCUGCCCUCCAUUAAAGCUGCUCGAAUCCCUGCCAGGGCUUUAUGGGAAGCAGUGAAGAAUAUCUUCACCAUUAACCCCAGCCAGAAGAGGAGCAUGAGUGGGCGGAUGGACAGUGCUCACGUCAGGGACUCCUCGCUGGCUAUUCUGGCCAAAGAACUCUUAAUCGACUUCUUGCCCAAACUUAAGGAGCCCAUGGUUCUCUCUGUGAUGGUUUCUUGCCUGUCCAAGUUCUACAAUAUAAUCAGGGAUGAGAUUAGCUGUGAAAUUUCCAGCGAAUAUCUUCCAUUGUGGCCAACAACAGUUAGCAAUAUCAGUGCAAUGAACAAGCCGGGGAUUGAGGAGGCAGUCGUCAUGUUGAUGCAGCACGCCCUACAGGUCAACCCCGCCCAACCCUCAUGGCUCAGGACCCAGGCUGACAUCUACUUUGCUAAUGGCCAGUAUUCCUCAGCCAUGAAGUUUUACAUGGAAGCUGGAGUUGUGGCAUCCGAUUUCUUUUCUAGUGCUGUUCCAAAAAGUAUAUACGAGGAUCAGGUCUACAAGAGGAUGAUCAAAUGUUGCUCCUAUUUGCAAUGUCAUACACAGGUGGCAGUGCUCUGUCAGUUCACAGAUGAGAUUGACUACACUACCUGCUUUAAAGCUUUACAGGAGAGGAAUUGCUAUGAUGCCAUGGAUACCUACUACUCUUGUAUAUGGGACAUCAGCAUUCUAGAAUAUCUUGUCCACUUGCAUUCCAAACGAGGCGAAAUGGAGAAAAAACAGGCAGCAUUGAAAGCCCUAACUCAACUGGAUCUCAACAGCAGUAAUCCAGAGGACAUUAUUCAGCGAGCCGUCCAGAUGCGCAAGAGGAAGUUCCUGCGGGCAUUAGCCAAGCAAUAUCUUUAGUUGUGUAGGACAAUUAUCUGUUUUGUGAUUCAGGAAACAACUAUGUGGUUGAUUGGGAAUAUAACUACCCAGGUGUCUUCUCUCAGCUGCAUGCAGUGUCUUUGAAACAGUAUUGAUAAAUAGACAUAGGACAUACAAAGAACAUUUUCAUUUUAAUUUGAAGUGUUUAAAGGAUAUUUGUUUAGUUUGACCUAAUUUGUUGCUGCAAUAUUGUUGCACAUUGUCUUUCAAACCUAUCAUUGUAUUGUAGGUGAUCAAUAUUUUUCAAAAAAAGUUUUUGUAUAAAACAAAUUGAGAAUUUGAGUUGAUCGAGUCUCAUCUUAGCGUUAUAAAAUUUGAGUGUUUUCAUCAUACUAAAUUAUACAAGCAAGCAAUAUGUAUGUGUUGAACAUCUUUUGAGUAUUUUAAAACCAGUAAAUGCCUACUGCAAUAGCUAUUUUAUUUAAAAACUUGAUUUAAAAAAUAGAAAUCAGAUGGAUAAAUGUAUAUUUAGAUAUGAAAAAAAGGCAUUAAAGAUUUUAGACACCUAGUUUUUGGUGAUGGAAUUUGUGAACAUCUUCAGGUAGGUGUUCAUUAGUCAAGUUUUGUAUAUUGAAAUUGGAAUUGCUCAUCAACUUUCAAUUACAUGUAGCUUCCACAAAUUAAUACUAUGUCCAAAUUAUAGAAGUACAUGUAGUUGUAUCACAUGCAGUUUCUGUUAGGCAGUUUUAGAAUGAGGUGGCAGAGAACCAGAAAAAAAUAGAUUAUUAGGUUGAUACAAGAACAUUGAGAAAAAAGUCAAUGUCUUCUCAACAUUCAGGUGUUAAUAUAGGAAUACAGAAAAUGUUAUGAAGCGAUGUAAUGUUGACACAGUUUGUGAAAUCAGACCAUGAUUUAAAUUUGAACAUGUAUCAUUGCACACGGAUGUUCAUUGUUUGCAUGGACAUAUAUCAUUGCACACGAGUGUUCAUUGUACAUGUAUCAGCACAUUAUCAUGUCAUUGUUUAGUGUUUUUGUGAAACAAAGAGAAAAUAAAAUUGGCUUAUAUUUAUAAA